AAAUUUAUAUCUGAAGUGAUAUGGAGGAGUUUUUUUAUGAUUUUGAAGGUCCAAAAGAAGAACAACAAAAAAAAAGCAAACAGUAAAUGCAGAUGACAACAUCAGAAAUAAUAAUAUAUAAAAUAAUAAUACAAUAAAAGCUGUAGAAGUAUGUUCUUCUGCCAGAAGUCAUGAAAAGUUUAACAAGACAAAUAUCUGAUAUAAUAUAUCUCCUGUAAUUUCUAUCUAUCUAAAUGUCACACAUCCCCACAGCUGUAGCUGGAGAAACCGAGGUCAUGUCCUCUGUAACGUUUCAUGAUGCGUAACAUUAUUGGACAUCAGGUAUGGACAUAGCCUCCCAGUAUAAUAGUCAGUACAUUUAUUGAUUUUGUUUGUUAUUGUGCUUAUGUCAGAAUCUGCUUUGUUAAUGAUCUUAUCAGAGCUGAAACAAUUAGUCAAAAGACUGGUUGGUUAGUCAACAGGAAAUUAAUCUUGAAUCAAUUUUAAAAUAAAAUAAAAUUUCUAGCAAAAAUGCCAAAUAUUUGAUGGUUCCAGCUUCUCAGAUGUUGCCGUUUUGGACUUUUAUUUGGACAUUUCGAAGACGCCAUGGGAAUUAUGAAACCUUAAAUCUUAUAUAACCAGUUUGUUCUUUUGUUUCAGUGUAAGUGAAAGAAAAUUGGCUCAUAUACUUUUAAUUUAAUUAUAUAUAUAUAUAUAUUAUGAAAAAAAUCCAUUAUAAGACUGCACAAAAUUGACCGAAUGGACAAAUUGGAAAUAUGAAGAGUUUGAAAACUACAGUUUGUGUUAGAAUAUAAAUAUUUAAUCAUAGAGAAAGAUAUGUCUGGGAAUGAUCCACCCUCAUGUUUCCACAGCAUAACACAUGACCGUACAAGACUAAGUGUUGCGUGUGUGUUUGGCGACACAGUCCGGCUCAGGGAGGCAGAGGGAUGAAUUUUGAAUUUAAAAUCAGUGGUGUAAACGCAAACGUCCGCUCAGCUGUAAAGCUUGCAGUCUAAACUAGGAGCUGACUUUUGCCUUCAAAAUAAAAGAGAAACAUGGCUUCUUCGAAACUGUGCUUCACUUGGUUAAUUUGACUUCAAUCUCCCCAUCGUAGUGUUAUUGGUCACUUGGUCACACUCGAACCUACGUAUAUAUGCGAAAGAUAAUUUAUCCACAACAAUUUGUUACUGACAGCUUGGGAGCGGGGCUUUUAUUCUGAAAAUAAACAGGAAUUCCUACGCUAUAGCUUAGUUCUUGAUGAGCUGUCCAUUCACACCUGGGGAGAGAGAGGGGCUCAGCAACCCGUCCUGCAGGAGUGUGUUGCAGUCUCAGUGACGAAAAGCGCCACGCUGCAGCGAGCGGAGGAAACUGAACCGUCAACAUGUCCUGUCUCCACAUCAGAGGGAUUUUUCUCACUCUGUGUUUGGCUUCAACUGCUUUAUCGAGCCUUCAUCCUGAAUGUGAGUUCAUAUUUCAGCUGGAGAAAGAACAGCGUCGCUGCCUUCAGUAUAUUGCAGCGCAGGCCAACAGAAGCCAUGAAGGUUGUCCGCCAUCCUGGGAUGCAGUCAUCUGCUGGCCUCAUGCAGUCAUUGGAGAAACGGUCCACAGAGGUUGUCCUGCAGUCUUCUCCCUCCUGAAAAACAACACAGGCUCAGUGAGCCGUAACUGCACCAGUGGAGGUUGGUCCGGGGCCUUCCCACCGUACCACAUUGCCUGCAGUGUGGAUGAUGACAUUCCUGAGACAGAAGAAUCCUACUUUGCCACUGUGAAGCUGAUAUACACCAUCGGCUACAGCAUAUCUCUAGUGGUGCUGGUUGUUGCUGUGUUGAUCUUGUUGCUCUUCAGGAAGCUACGGUGUGCCAGGAACUUCAUUCACAUCCAGCUGUUCAUUACAUUUAUCCUCAAAGCUGUGGCGGUGUUCAUUAAGGACGCUGCUCUGUUCUCAAGUGACGACACAAACCACUGCACCCUUUCCACGUUUGCCUGUAAGAGCUCUGUGGUCUUCUGUCACUACUGUGUAAUGGCUAACUUUUUCUGGCUCCUGGUGGAGGCGCUCUACCUAAAUUCCCUGCUGCUCUCCUCCUUCUAUCACAGCCGUCGAUGCCUGUGGGGCUUCAGCCUGCUGGGAUGGGGUGUACCUGUGCUCUUCAUCAUCCUGUGGAUUGGAUCAAGGGUGUAUUUUGAGGACACAGAAUGUUGGGACAUCAAUGAGGACUCGCCCUACUGGUGGAUCAUCAAGGGACCAAUUGUUGUGUCUAUAGCGGUCAAUUUUAUGCUGUUCAUGAACAUCAUCAGAAUCCUCAUACAGAAGCUCAAUCCUCGGUUGAUUCAGUUCAAUAACUCCUCUCAGUACAGACGCCUGACUAAGUCCACCCUCCUCCUCAUCCCUUUGUUUGGCACUCACUACAUGUUCUUCAAUUUUCUGCCCGACUACUUCAGCGUUAACCUGCGCCUCUGUGUCGAGCUCUGCAUGGGAUCCUUCCAGGGACUCCUUGUAGCAAUUCUCUAUUGCUUUCUCAAUCAAGAGGUCCAGAAAGAGGUCCACAUGCAGUGGCUGAGGUGGCAGGAGAGGAGCUAUGGCGUGGUGCCGCCUGCUGCAAAGUGCAGCCAGAUGGACACGCCAUUCUAGAGAGUCCUGAUAUGCCUUCACCUUCUACCUGUCAGAUCUCACUGUACUUUCACAGAGGAUUGCUUCUGUGCUCGUUAUCGUCUCUAAUGGGCUGUACAGUACACACAAGAACAGCGGCUGUCGACCAUAUACCAUCAACUCUUGAGAGUCUGUAAGUUUUCAUUCCCAACUCUGUGACACAGUGUUUCACUGGCCGCACUCCUUCAGCCAGAACCAGAAAAUUGAGGUGAACUUUCCAGUGGAGAAUGAUUGUGAAAUCCCAUGACAUACACGCAUCUCAAGACAGCUCCUGCAAAUUUCAUAUGCAUGUCCCCCAAAGGUCCCGGUGGCAACAAAUGUAGAGGGAGCAGCUUUUAGAUUGCAGCUUUCAAACUGAAGAAUAAAAGAUAUUGGUUUUAACCAAUAUAGCUACGCAUUACCUUCUGUCUUGAACAUAUCAAUGCACACUAUGUAGAUGCUUUAAUAAGAUGCAGCACAGUAUGUUUUAUUACAUUCAUCAGAUUCUUUAGGCUGUUUGAACAAGUGAUAUUGGAGAUGGACUUUAUCUUAUGAAGCUGUAGCCUGCUGCUAAGUGAUUCAUCAUUCAGCUGACUCACAGGACAAUUAAAAUACACUACUGUGAAUGAUCUUUAUACUAUUCAUUAUAACAUUAUGUUACAUAAUUCAUAUUACGUUAUUCCUAUUAUCUCAAGACUGUGGGAAGCACUAACCGAUAGUUAUGACUUGUUCAGCACACAGGGAGAUGUACCGUAAGUUUGUUUAUGCUUUCUUGUGAACUUUGUACUUUGUUGUAUAAUAUUUAUUCGUGAAGUAAUUCAUAGUGAGGAUCAGGGUAAAAAUGAAAUACUAAUAUUGGUAGUGGUGUUGUGCAGUAGAGUUUAAUCCGUUUAUAUCAUUGUGUGUAAACCUGCACUGUGUUGAGCUUUGAUGGCACAAUCUUGAAAGCCACUUCAUUGUAUAUUUCAAAAGUUAAAGCCGAUGCAGCGCGUUGUGUUCUGUUAUGUCAUGUGGUCAACUUCACUUAUCCCGCCCAGAUAAAGCCCAUCAAGAACAAAAGCUAGACUAUGGUAAUAAUUUUAAAUGAUUUAAUACCAGUAUUUACUUUCUAGCAUAUCGUACAGUGCUGUGAACUGUAUGGUGAUAUAAAACUGGAAACAUAAUUGCCAAAUUUGUGUUAGAUCUCUUUAUGUGAGAUAAUGAGAUCAGCUUUUUUAUUUUGCUUUUGUAAUAUUUAUGUGUUACAGUUAUAUCCUCAAGAUCGAAAUACAAAAUAUUGAAUUACUGCCCAGUUCUGUACCAUCCGCAAUCAUCUUCUCACACUGACGUUUCUUUCUUGUAAAUGAAACAUUUGCUUUCAACUGAAUGGAUAAACUAAUGGCCCUCACUUUUCUCUUUUGUAACAUUAGCGUGUUGCUGCUUUUCUUGUGCCUCUUUCUGUGAAGUUUCAAUGCCUUGUAAAAUAACAGGUUUCACUCAGCUUCAUUAUGUCUCUGUGCAUCUGCCUUCUCCGUGGAGGAUAACAUCAGCUGGCAGCUACAACAUGUUUAAUUAGUGAUAAAAGCUAAAGUCAUGAAAGUCUUGGUGGCUAUAUGUGCUACAGAUACAGUCUUGGUACAAUAUGAGCCGACACUGGAAUUCUGUUUAUUCAUAAAAUAUUUUAGAGAAAAACAAUGUUCAUAACUUGAGUCUUGAAGAAGCUCUGUAUUUAAUAAAAACAGUAAGCCAA